AUGGCGCAGCAGCGCACCAGCCUGGCACAGUCCUGCAAUUUCGUAGCACGGCACAACUGCUGGAAACGAUACAUUGAAAGUGAAAUAGAAGCUGCAAAAAGAUGGUCUCACAAAUGGGGAUUCUUGAUGACACCUCUUGAGGAGUUGAUCGGAAAUGAAAAGAAAGAAAAUACAAAGCCCAAGAUAGAGCUUCCAGAACAUCUGCAGGUUCGACCUGUGACACCUGUGGAAAAAUACAUUAAGGUGUUUCCAUCUCCUCCAGUACCUAAGACUACCCAGGGUUUUAUUGGCUGGAGAUCAGCUGUUCCAGGGUUGGAACUUGAGCGUGGAUUUCAAAUCCAGAGCUGCAAAGGUGCCUUUUCUAAGGAUUUGAAGUGGCCAUCUGAGCCCUCUGACUGA